CAAUCCUGUGCUGUUGGAAAUAAAAAGUUUUUAUUAUAAUAAAUAAUUUGUUUUUACAAGUUUCAUGUGGCAAGAAAAUGUUAACGUGCGUCUUUGAAAAAUUGUACCAGUAAAUAUUAAAAUGAAACUGGAAGAAACCUCUGGUCUCGGCGAAAGCGCAAUUACGGCGGAGGUGUUUAACGCUAGUGGACGGCAGCAGAGGCUGAGUGCGGAGGGCGGCUCGCUGACUCUGAGCGAAGGAAAUGCUCGUCUGCGUUCCUGGCCGCUACAUGUUGUGCGGGUUAAAACUGAUACCUCGGGUGGAGUGAGUAUUGAGGCUGGUGGGGAGACGCUAACAUGGAGUUGCACCGACGAGCGGUCGCGCAUCGCUCUGGCGCAGAUGUCACAAGCGGCACAUUCCGCGCCCGUGGGCCCGCCCUCCGACGCGGCGCUGGCGGCCUUGCUGGAAGACGCGGAGCCCGACGAUACGGACGCGGAGCGCCGCGUUAAGCGGCUAGGCGAGCGACUGGCGCGCCUCGACGCGCUCAACGUAGGUGGCAUGCUAGCCGCGGCCACCGAGGGCGGCGGAGCGCAACUCGCUACGAGACUAGAAGCCGGCAGUGCGGCGGGGGCGGCACUGUCGGCGCGCCUGUCACGGCUGGAGGCGCUGACUCGGGCUGCGCCGGCCGCUUUGCACGCACGCUCCGGUGCCGCGAGGGCCGACGCCGCCGCGAGAGCGCUCCUCGUCGAACUUCAUGAAAUAUACGAGUGGCUCGACGCUCCCGCGCUGAGGGAUCUCGAUUCUCUGUCAGAAAUAUCGUUGGCGAGCACCGAAGGACGCGCGCGGGCGCUGAGCGCAGCGGAGGCGCUACGGAACGCGCUGCGCGGCGAGCGCACGGCGACGCCGGCGCGGCUGCGGCUGGGCGCCGUGCGCGAGCGGCUGCGGCGCCUGGAGCGCGCACGCGACGCGCUGGCGGCGGCGCUGGCCAGGCACCUCAACAACGCGCUCAUCCACCUCGCCAACGAGGCGCACGCGCCCGCCGCGCCGCGCCGCCGCCAUCACGCCGACCUGCAGCCUUACGCGCCCUUCAUGCGCUGGCUCAAGGACAUGGACGAGAAGGCUCACGACGGCCUCGUCAAGGUGUACGUCGGGACGUGGUCGCGAGUGUACGAGCGCGAGGUGCACGCUGCGUGCGAGUCGGCCCGAGCGGCGCUCGCGCACGCGCCGGCGGAGCGCAUCGACGAUCUACUCGAUGAGGUGCUGACACUGGUCGAGACGGUCUGCAACGCCGAGCAAGACUUCUGCACUCAAUUCUUCCACUUGGACGUCGACGUGAAAGGCGAGGCCGGCGACGGCGAGCGCAGUGAGAAGAGCGACGGCGGCGAGCGCGCGGACGGGCGGCGCGCGGCGGGCGAGGCGCGGCGGCUGCGCGGCGACCUGUUCCCCGCGCUCGAGCAGGAGCUGGUCGCGCUCGUCGCGCACGUCGAGCGGCACGAGCCCUACGGUGCGAUGCGAGCGCUGGCGUGCGUGGGGCGGCGCGUGCUGGGCGAGGGCGGCGAGGGGGGCGCGGGCGGCGAGGGCGGCGAGGCGCGGUGGGCGCGCGCGGCGCUGGCGGCCGUGGCCGUGGCGGCCAAGCGCGGCGCCGACCGAGCCGUCGCCGACCGGCUCGCGGCGCUGCCCGACGCCGUCAAGCAGGCCGCGCGCAAGCCGAAGUGCGGUAUCCUGAGCUUCAUACCGGAGUUGGAGGAGAUGAGUGCGGUGUGCGAGGAGAUAUUCGCGCGGGGUCGUCGAGCCGAUCUCGAUCGCUGGUACCUGUCCUUGGCGACGGCCAUGUUGCGCGCGAUCCAGCAGGCGGAGCAUCCCCGCACCCCCCGCGCCGUCGUGCAGCUCGAGAACUACCACAGACUGCACGCGUGCGUGAGCGCGCUGCGCGUGCCCGCUUUGGAUGCGCUGCGACGGGACGCCAAGGCGCGCUACGCGGACGCGCUGCGCCACUACGUGACGCAGUACUUCGGGCGACCUCUGGAGAAGCUCGCGCAAUUCUUCGAGGGCGUGGGCGAGGCGGUGGCGGCCGGCGUGCGCGAGGACGAGGUGUGCUACCGCGCCGCCUUCAGCAAGCACGAGCUGCGCCGCCUGCUGGGGCUCUACCCCGCACACGAAGUGCGUAAAUCGUUGCAUCGUCUGUACCGAACUGUGGAGAAACACCUGAGCGAGGAGGGCGGCCUACUGCAGGUGGUGUGGCGCGCCAUGCAGGAGGAGUUCAUCGCGCAGCACGUCGCGCUACAGGCGCGCAUUGCGGCGUGCUACCCGGGUGCGGGGCUGACGCUGCCGCUGAGCACACAAGACAUCCUUGACGCCUUCUCCGACAUCGCGCGCGAGCACUGAACAUAUUAUUUCUAUGAGAGCACAUCACGCUUCAGCUAUACAUAGGGUGACUUAUGUUUAUAUUUAUUGAUUUGACAAGAGAUAUUUUUCACCAAAAUGAUGUAAGAACUGGUUUUUUAUAACUUGAUAAUUAAGUGC